UAUAAUCUAGUGGACGAUUCUUCAUAAACAGCUCGUCAACCACCUCGGCAGCUUGCUAGCCAACAUAGCCGAAAGAUUCAAGCUAUUUAGAAGCUUUCGGUCUAUAUUAGCUACCGUGUUUUAGACACAACUCUGUCGUAUCUACAUGUUAACCUAUUUCAUUUAAUAUUACGUUAUUUUGUAUUAGUCAGCUAUAGUAGCUGGCUGGUUAAGUAAGCACUAGCCUAGUCGCUAAUGAUAGCUAGCUAGCUAGCUAACAUCCCCGAACAUGAGCUUCCUAAACUUCUCUCCUCCUGCUAAAGAAGAGGCGGUCUGCUGGACGGAGAAAGAAGCUCUGGGGCUGAACAUUGUCGUGAAAGAGGAGAAGGAAGAAGAGGAUGUCACAGUUAAAAAACAAGUAGAGGGUGAGGCUGUUACAGUGAAAGAAGAAGAGAAAGACGUUUCAGUGAAAGAAGAGGAAGACGCGUUCAGAGUGAAAGAAGAGGAGGAGGAUGUUACUGUGAAAGAAGAGGAAGAGGAGGAUGCAGUUUUUGGAGUGAAGAAGGAAGGAGAGAUUACUGUCACAUUGAAAGAUGAAGGGGAGAUAGGAGAUCUGAGUAACACCAGAGAGAGACAUGACUACCGUGGGUCCUCUGGGGAGCCUCAACAACCUCAUGAUGCUGACAAGGCAGAGAAGAGUCUCUCCACAUUUGAACACCUCAAGAAACACCAGCAGAUAUCCACAGGGAAGAUACCUCACUGCCUUUCUGACUGUGGGAAGAGAUUCACCUCAGCAGGCAUUAAAAUUCAUCAGAGAAUCCACACAGUAGAGAAAUCGUAUAACUGUACUCAAUGUGGGAAGAGUUUUACUCAUUCAUCCAGCCUGAUAUCACACCAGAGAACACACACAGGAGAGAAACCUUAUAGCUGUACUCAAUGUGGGAAGAGUUUUACUCAUUCAUCCAGCCUGAUAUCACACCAGAGAACACACACAGGAGAGAAACCUUAUAGCUGUAUUCAAUGUGGGAAGAGUUUUACUCAUUCAUCCAGCCUGAUAUCACACCAGAGAACACACACAGGAGAGAAACCAUAUAGCUGUACUCAAUGUGGGAAGAGUUUUACUCAUUCAACCAGCCUGAUAUCACACCAGAGAACACACACAGGAGAGAAACCUUAUAGCUGUGGUCAAUGUGGGAUGAGUUUUACUCAGCAAAGCAGCCUGAUAUCACACCAGAGAACACACACAGGAGAGAAACCAUAUAGCUGUGAUGAAUGUGGGAAGAGUUUUGAUACAUCUAGCCAUCUUACUGUACACCAAAGAUCACACACAGGAGAGAAACCGUAUAGCUGUACUCAAUGUGGGAAGAGUUUUUUUACAUCUAGCCAUCUGAAGAUACACCAGAGAAUACACACAGGAGAGAAACCUUAUAGCUGUACUCAAUGUGGGAAGAGUUUUUUAACAUCUAGCCAGCUGAAGAUACACCAGAGAACACACACAGGAGAGAAACCGUAUAGCUGUGGUCAAUGUGGCAAGAGUUUUACUCAGCUAAGCAACCUGAUAUCACACCAGAGAACACACACAGGAGAGAAACCGUAUAGCUGUGAUGAAUGUGGGAAUAGUUUUACAAAGUUGUGUAAUCUGACUCUUCACCAGAGAACACACACAGGAGAGAAACCUUAUAGCUGUUCUCAAUGUGGGAAGAGUUUUUUUACAUCUAGCCAUCUGAAUAUACACCAGAGAACACACACAGGAGAGAGACCUUAUAGCUGUGAUCCAUGUGGGAAGAGUUUUACGCAGCUAAGCAGCCUGAUUUCACACCAGAGAAUACACACAGGAGAGAAACCUUAUAGCUGCACUCAAUGUGUGAAGAGUUUUACUCACCUAAGCAGCCUGAUAUCACACCAGAGAACACACACAGGAGAGAAACCGUAUAGUUGUGAUCGAUGUGGGAAGAGUUUUACUCAGCUAAGCAGCCUGAUAUCACACCAGAGAAUACACACAGGAGAGAAACCUUAUAGCUGUACUCAAUGUGGGAAGAGUUUUACUCACAUAAGCACCCUGAUAUCACACCAGAGAACACACACAGGAGAUAAACCAUAUAGCUGUAAUGAAUGUGGGAAGAGUUUUGUUCAAUCUGGCAAUCUGACAGUACACCAGAGAACACACACAGGAGAGAAAUUGUACAGCUGUAAUCAAUGUGGGAAGAGUUUUGUUCAAUCUGGCAAUCUGACAGUACACCAGAUAACACACACAGGAAAGAAAUCUUGAGAUAAUCUGAUAAAACUCUGGUCAAGUUUUAUCUGAUCAAGUAAUAGAAAAUACAUACAUGGAGUGGUUUCAUGAUAUCAAGUAAUUAAUGUCACACUUCACUUUGUAGUAUGAGUAUUUUGAUAUUGUCAAAGCCUAAUGUAGAAGCCUAAUCAUAUGCCCCCUUAUCAUUUGAU